CCUAUAAAAACCACAGAAAAAACAUAACAAUGAGAAGAAAUAAAAUUGAAAACUUAUUUAAUAAUUGAAAAUUAUUUUACAUUACAUAUAAAAAAAAAUGAUGAAAAAAUUUAAAAAUGUAGUUGUUGGAAUAUCUGGUGGCGUAGAUAGUGCUGUAACCGCUUACUUAUUAAAAAAAAAAGGUUUCAAUGUAACAGGUGUGUUUAUGAAAAAUUGGGAUAUUCCCGACGAGUUGGGGCAUUGUACAGCUGAUACAGAUUUCGAAGAUGCACAAAAAGUAUGCAAUAAAUUGGAUGUUCCACUAACUCAAGUAAAUUUUGUGAAGGAGUAUUGGAAUUUUGUUUUUAGUGAUCUAAUUUCAGAUUAUGAAUCAGGUUAUACCCCUAAUCCAGACAUACUGUGUAAUCGGUACAUAAAAUUUAACCAUUUCUUUCGACAUGCCAUCCAUGAAUUGGGUGCCGAUGCAAUUGCCACAGGACAUUAUGCAAACACUUCAUUUGGACCUUACCUAGAAAACUAUAAUAAAGAUGCAAAUGUUCAAUUGCUUCAAUCGAAAGAUAAACGGAAGGAUCAAACUUUUUUUCUAUCUCAAAUAGAUCAAUUGGCUUUAAAGAAAACAAUGUUUCCAAUAGGAAACUUUACUAAAAUGGAAGUUAGAGAUAUUGCUAAAAAUAUUGGUUUAAAUGUUGCAUCGAAACCAGAUAGUACAGGAAUUUGUUUUAUUGGAAAACGUAGUUUUCAUAAAUUUAUUUCAGAGUACAUUCCUGAUAAGCCUGGCCCAUUUAUUGACAUUGAAACGGGGAGGAAAGUUGGUGUACACCAAGGUUUACAUCAUUGGACUCUUGGUCAAGGUGCAAGAUUAGGAGGAAAUUUAAAACCGUAUUUUAUUGCACGUAAAGAGCCAAAAACUGGUAUCAUUUAUGUGGCGGCCGAACAUGAUAAUCCAUUUUUUUAUACACAAAUUUUUUUCACAAACGAACCGCAUUGGAUUGAUCCAAGCCAAUCGUUUUUGAAAAAAGGAAAUCUCCUACAAUGUCAAUUUCGAUUUCAACAUGGAAAACCUUUAAUUAAUUGUAGUGCGUAUAUAGAUACAAAAUAUAAUCAUUUGAUGGUUAAUUUGGAGAAACCGUUGCGUGCAAUUACUCCUGGACAAUAUGCGGUAUUUUAUUUGAACGAUCAAUGUUUAGGGAGUGCUCGAAUACUUAAUUUAGGUCCAAAUAUGUAUCAUUUAAAUGAAUUCAAUGAAUUCGAACAGGAAUCUAUUGCUGUAUAAUUCUAUUGCAAUUAUUAUGUAACAAAUUAAAUUAAUUUUAGAUAUCAUGACCUUCAAUUUUAUAUGAUUUCAUGUUUUACGAAACAAGUUCUCUGUAGGUGUUAAAAAUUAACUUCAUUAAAAUUUGUAUAUCAAGUCUCAUUGUAAUCUACCACCAAAAAUUGUCUGUUAGAGAAGCUUCAAAUAAAACAAAAUUGACCUCUAUGAAAAUUCGUUUAAGUUUAGGAAUAACUUUCCAAAAGUGCUCUUCUGUAUAUUAUUGUCAGUUAGAAAAGAGAUAAGCCAGGGAAUUUUAUUAGAUUCUUAACAA